ACCUUAGCAAGCAGUUGUUUGUUCUGGUCAAGGUGUUUUCAACAGCACUCCUUCAGGCCCUGAUCCUGCACAGGGCAAUCACUGAUUGCAAUGGCAGGCUGAGCAAGAGAAAAGUGAGACAGUGUUGGCUGUUGGAGCUUUAGGAUUUUUAUAACAGAACCAGUUGUCCUAUUAGGUGUGGCUUAAGUCAGUUCUUCUCUGUGAAUUGAUGAUUGCUGUCUGCAGGCAAAGAGUUAAGACUUUUCAUUAGCAAUUCCAGAGCGAAACUGAAACCAUGGACUACUGCCAAGCCAGCAGAAAACAAGCCUCAGUUUCAGGAAGCAAAACGCCCUUUUGUCUGCUUUGGGUUUAGCAGAUUUCUGAACCGAGGAGGGCAAAACUAACCCAGCUGGACUCCCCCUCUGAGCCAUGGCCACAAGGAACCCUGUAGAAAAUCUCCAGGAUGAUACAACCUGUUUCAUCUGCCUGGAGUUCUUCAAGGACCCAGUGAUGAUCAUGGGCUGUGGGCACAGCUUCUGCCAAGCCUGCAUCAGCCAGUGCUGGGAGGGAAAGGAAAAAGAUGUCUCCUGCCCUCAGUGCAGACUGACCUUUCCACAAAGGAACCUGUGCCCGAACAGGCUACUGGCAAAUUUUGUCAGUAUAGCCAAGCAGCUGAAGGCACCGGCAGCCAAUGAAGCAGAAGAGCAGUGGAUGUGUAAGAAACAUGGGGAGGCCUUGAAAUUGUUUUGUGAUGAAGAUCAAAUCCUCCUCUGUGUAGUGUGUGAGAGAUCCCAGGCUCAUCAAGCUCACACUGUGGUUCCCAUAAAGGAGGCUGCCCGGGAACACAAGGAGAAAAUUCAGGCUCAUUUGAAGACUCUUAGGGAAGAGAGAGAAAAGCUCUUGGCAUUCAGAAUGACUGGAGAGGAGAGAAGCAAGGAAUAUCUGAAAUGGACAAAAGCUGAGAGGCAGAAAAUUCUGUCUGGAUUUCAGCAUUUGCACCAGUUUCUGAAGGAACAGGAACAGCUCCUGCUGGCCCAGCUGGAAGAGUUGGAGAGGGAGAUCGAGACGAUACAGAAGGAAAACAUCACUAAAAUGUCCAAGGAGAUUUCCAUUCUUAAUAACCUAAUCAAGGAGAUGGAGGGGAAGUGCUUGCAGCCAGCAGAUGCAUUCCUGCAGGAUGUCAGGAGCACUUCGAGCAGGUGUGAUAGACAGAUGUUUCAGCUGCCAGUGGAGAUUUCUCCUGAGCUGGAACCAAAAGUCAGGGAUGUCUCCUGCAAAACCGUUGCCAUAAUGGAGAUUCUGAGGACGAUUAAAGGCACUCUGACAGCUGAGAUGGGGAAAGGAUGGGCUAUACUGAGCUCAUACACAAAGGUGAAGGUGACUCUGGAUCCAGCCACGGCUCAUCCCCACCUCAUCCUGGCUGAGGAUCGGAGCAGCAUGACACGGGGAGACAAACUGCAAAAACUGCCUGACAAUGCAGAGAGAUUUGAUACACACCACUGUGUGCUGGGCUAUGAUGGAUUCAGUGCAGGAAGACAUUACUGGGAGGUGGAAGUGGAGGACGGGGGAUUUUAUGCUGUGGGGGUUGCCAGAGCAUCUGUGCGGAGGAAGGGAUGGAGCAGACUUGACCCUGAAGCAGGGAUCUGGGCUAUAUGGCACUUGUCAGGUAGCUACUGGACUCUCACCCGCCCUCCAACUCAUGUGAUGCUGAACCAGGUCCCUAGAAAAAUCCGUGUCUUUCUGGACUAUGAAGAAGGGCAAGUGGCAUUUUUUGAUGCUGCUAAUGGAGCCCCAAUUUUCAUUUUCCCAAAGGUUUCAUUUGCUGGGGAGAGGAUUCACCCUUGGCUUUGGGUCUGGGAAAGGGAAGCCAAACUUAGACUUUUUGUGGAUCUGAACAUGGCUGAGAGGAACGGUGGUUCCUGCAGAGGAGGCUGCCCAGGAGCACCAGACACUCUGCAAUCUUAUCUGGAGAAGGACUCAUACUCCAAGGUGAAGGUGACUCUUGAUCCAGACUCGGCAAAUCCCCAGCUCAUCCUGUCUGAGGAUCGAAGUUGUGUGAGAUGGGAAGACACGCGGCAGCUUCUGUCCAAGAAUUCUGAGAGAUUUGACAUGCGCUGCUGUGUGCUGGGCCAUGAAGGAUUCACCUCGGGGAGACACUGCUGGGAAGUUGAAGUGCGGAAAGGGAAUAGCUGGGCCGUGGGUGUUGCCAGAGAGUCUGUGAAGAGGAAGGGAUGGAUCCACGUUAGCCCGGAGGAGGGGGUCUGGGCUUUGGGACACUGGUAUGGUCAGUUUCAGGUGCUCACAUCACCUCAUCCCACGCCCCUGCAGUGGUUGCCCAGCAGGGUCCAGGUGUGCCUGGACUAUGCAGAAGGGCAGGUGUCAAUUCUCAAUGCUAAUACCAAGGCCCCGAUCUUCACCUUCCCACCGGCUUUGUUUGCUGGGGACAGAAUCCAUCCCUGGUUCUACCUGUUUGGCCCUGGAGCUGAAUUCAGACUGUGGAACUGAAAUGGGGGGUGGGCAGGGGAGAUGUCCCACAGGGAAUGAUGAGAUCGUCUACUCCAGCUUCCUGCUCUCUGUGCCCCAGGGGGGAUCCCCUCUCCCAGCCCCCAUGGCUGCACCUCUGUCACUCUUGGAGCUGCAGUAGAUAAAAGGACUCAGUCUGGAUACAUGAGCCCACUGCAGCUGGGAGCACCAGGCCAGUUCACCCCUCUGUGUACUAUGACUCUGGAGGGCUCCAGCAGGGCUGGCCAUGCAGUCUCUCCUUUAGGAAGCCCCCAGCUGGGGAGUCAGUGCUUCCCUCCAAGUCUAAAGCAGCACAUGGGAUCUCUGCCAAGCCUUGCAAAGUGCCCUUUGGUAUCCUCUGAUCAGGAAGGCCCUGCUGCAGGACAUGUGUGUAUGGCUGUGCGGGGCUGGAACCUGAGCACUGACAGGGGCUGCGCAUGGGGAAUUGCUGACCUGGGUUGAAUUUGGGUUGGUUUAAACAUGCAGCCGAGGCUUCUUGGCAAGGAGUUUCAUAGGCUGAAGUGCUACGGAUCCUAUCAGGGGUAGUUGCCUCCCUCCCUCAACCUCCCCUGUCAAUACCAGCUCCACUGCACUGGACAUUUGAAUAAAAGCCUUCACUUUU